UGGCGCCGGGCGGCCGGUGACUGUGCUGUCCGCCCGCGGCGGUGCCUAGUUCACUAGUUGCCGAACUAUUUGUGAGAGCUGUGGGCCUCUUGUGCAAACGGUUGAUGGAAACUGGAACGAAAGGUGCUGGGCCGGUGGAUGGCCACUUUGGCACGGUAGUCAAGAUUGGCGUGCUGAGACUGCGGCGCUGUGACGGCGGAGCGAGUGAAGACGCAGUGAGUGUGACACGGUGAAGCGACGUGCUGAACCGGUGUCAGACGGAGACUGAACGGACAAACCCUUGAUCCGGGUCGGAUGCCUGGAUGAGGAGUUGCGGCACGUCGAGGGUGCUCAAUGGACCUCAGGAGCCUCCUGAUACUGUCCAUGGCUAUUCUGUACACCACUCGCACAGGCGAUGCUGCCAUUCGACGCUCGGUCAAUGUUCCAAAAUACGACCUGAAACAAAGGAAAAAUGCCCUGGGGACGACAGAAGCCGAGUCAGGAAUCUUAGAUGACAGCCAAGAGGCGUCAGGAGACGGCCUGGAAUCGUCAGGAGACGUGGAGGAGACGGUUCAGGAGACGGGAACCGUGGCAGUGUUUAGUGUGGAGUUUGAGCGAAGCACCGCCACCGCCCUGCAAAGCAACAUCACUGUGCUGAUCAAAUGGACACUGAGGACCUCGGAAAUCAGUGCCAGUACCACGCCUCUGGAAGAGCAGCUGGCCAGCCUCAGUGUCUCUCUACAACACAUCGCCUCAGGAGAGAUUGUCAGCACACAGCCAGUGCCGCCGCCGAAGCCGUCAUCCAAACCGGUGCCACCGCUGUCCGCUACGUUCCUCUGUGACUACGUGGAGCUGGGUGGACGAUACUCGGCGCUACUACUGACCAGUGGACGCCUCCUCGCCUUCAGUGCGCCACUGCUUGUUCGCUGGCCGCCGAUACUCGUCACCCUACCUUCGCGUGCCGAGACGCACACUUCCGUGGUGGCCCAUGUGAGAAAGUUCAAGGGACUGUGCGCGGCGAGGUCGAAGAGCCAGUUGUCCGUCACGGCGCAGCUGGUGGUGUCCAGGAGGGGGUGGGAAGAGGGAAGUGUCGCCGUCUCCGAACCUCUUCUAGGCAGUGUUACGGACCGUUUUCCUCUGCAGCACUUCUACGCAAGGAUACACGACAUUCGAAUACCGUGCGAUCGUCUGGAUAGACAGGGGUUCUUCCAGCUUCAGCUGGUGACCAACUCUUCAGACAGCUCGCUAAUCGCUUGGAGUAACGUGACACGAGUCGAGUGGAACCGGACUUUCAAGCUGUACGCUCGAGGUGAGACCGGUGCCAGUGUGUUUCCGUGUCUGUCGGGUGUCGAGGUGUACUACAGACGUCCGAAGUGUGGAGCUGUCUCGGGCAUGGUGCGUGUCGCGGGAGUGGAGCGGGCCGCAGUGGAAUCGGCCGUGCCGCCCACCACACGACACUACGUCGGCGAGCUGAGAGUGGCAGACUACACGAGCGCCAUGUCCUUCCGCUGCGACAUGUUCUCCGAGCGCUUCCAGGAGUACUGCUUCUCGUACGUCACAUUCGGCUGGAACGGAUCCGUGCACACCGUGAAGACCGUCUGCCUGUCCACGCUGAUGCCAAUACUGCGGACCGACGGCGGGUUUGGUCCGUGGUCUCCAUGGUCUCCCUGUCGGACCAGCUGUGGGGCCGCCUCCAGCGUCCGGUAUCGCUUCUGCAACUCUCCUCCGCCUCGCAACAACGGUGCCUACUGCCAGGGUGAGGGGAUCCAGGUCCGUCGGUGCGCCCUCCCGCCGUGUCCCACACCGCCGGUGACGCUGUCUCCAGUCCAGAAGGCGUACGUCAGUCCCACCUGUAGGUGUGGAUGUGACGUGGUUCUCUCCAGAGGGCAGAACUACAGCGUGGCGGCAGCGACAGGUCGCUGUCCGGCCGCCAGCCUCUGGAGGUUUGAGACGACCGAGGGUAACGUGCUCUCUCUCCACGUCUCCUACUUCCUGCUCAACACCAGCUCGGAGCGACUUUAUGCGCGCGACGGACCGUACUCCAACUCUGAGCUGCUGGUGGGUGGACGCGGAGCGGCACUACCGCCACCUGUGGUCAGCAGCGGGAACUUCCUGCUGCUGGAAUACAUUGGAGGACCGGCGAGCGCCGCACAUCCGGCUGGAGGGUUCCUGGCGUCAGUGGCGGCUGUUGCGUCUAACCGGAGUGGCGGCGUCCAGCUGGCGAUGGCUGGAUCGAAGCGGCCCGGCCUCCCCACUGUCGGAGUCCUCUCCAUCGCCCUCCUGACCGUGAUACUGGUGGUACUGCUGGGGGCGGCCUUUUACCACGCCUGGCAGGCCCGGCGAGUUGCCAGGUCACAUAGCUGCGAGUCACUGUUCAGCAGUGCUGACGAUGCCGACGGCGGUGGUGGCGGCGGCAGCGGCGGCGCCGGCUGGGCAUCUCUCCACACCUCAGUCACCUCCAUAGCAGAGUCUACGGUGAUUCUGCGUCUGCGUCGUGGCCCGAGGAGAAAACGACCUCCUCUUCGCACCUCGAGCUGUGACCGUCUGCUGGCGGCGGACUGGCAUCGCUCGAGCAAUGCCUCGGCGGGGUGUUCCCUUCCCAGCUCUCCUGCCACCGAGAGACGGCGCCUGGCCGCACGAGUCAGCCGCCUCGCGGGGGAUAAGAGGCCAGAGGCGAUUCCUCUCAGCUGUCUGAAGUCGACCAGGUGUCGCUCGCAGGCGCUAGAGAAGAGGUCUGAGGCAGAGGACUCGCCCGAGUCAACUGAGAAGUACCGACCUCACACCAAACCAGCGUCAAAGCGCUGGAAGGACCGAGAGAACCGGCGCCGUCUGCUGGUUCGGUCAGAGUCAGCCGACACGCUGAAACCCACCGUGUCGGAGUCAGCGCUGAGCUCAGCAGUCAGCUCAGCGCUCAGCUCCGCGUCGACCGCCGCGCUGAGCACGGCAGACCAGGAGCUGGAGCUGGACUACUACGACUACCACAUGGCCAACGCCUCACUCGCUCCCGGAUCCAUCUUUGGCAUGGACCCUCUGCAGCUGAGCUUGUGCGCGUACGACUUUGACGUCACACCCACCGAGGAGCUGGAACUGGGAGAGAUGAGUGAGCUGGGUACCACUGAGGCCACCCAGGUGACUGAGGUAGCUGCAGAGGGUGCUGCUACUGAUGCUGAGCUCACGGAGCUCACAGAAGUGGCGGAGGAGGUGACCGAUAGGACGGAGGUCGGUGAUGAUAUUCAGUUCGCUGAUGACACAGACGAUGAGGGAAGUCUGAAGGACGAGCAUGACUCUCCAGCGAGUGUUUUGGAGGAUAAAGAGUGAAGUGUUGAGCUGGUGAGUUGAGAUACUUUCGGAGAUCUCACAGGUGCGCGUGUGAGGUAAGAGCCGAGAGGCAAGUAGCACUGUGUAAAUGAAUAGGGUUGACGUUUGACAAGGAUAUGUAUGUGAUGUGUGUGGAAGCUAAAUGGAGCACCGAUCAUAUACAAGCUGUGGAUGUGCGCCACUCGUAACUUGCGUUGCGAAUGCAGUUCACCAAACGGCGAACUUCAUAUCAGUAGAAAGUGAAUGGACACAUAUCACUUAAAAGUGCGUGCGAUUUGCUACAUUGAAAGACUCUCGUUCAUUCUCUGAUAGCCAGAGAUAGAACCAUUUACAAAUGAGAUCAAAGAUCCCCAGGGAUAUCAUGCAGUGCAAUAUACACCAUGACCUCUUAGAGCUUUAAUUACCAAAAGAUCACUCGCUUCGCUUGUUUGUUUUGUUAGGGCUGUGAUGGUUUCGACGCCGCCUUGGAACCUUCUAUAUGUGUAGAUAUGUAUGAAGUUAAAUGCAUUGGUUUUUGUAUCAGCUCUUCUCUAAGCCAGUUACGUCUGUAUGCAUAUUGUAUAGAUAGGUGGUGUGUAUUAUCAGUUGCAAUCGUUGCUCAUUGUUUCUAGUCAAACUGGUCAUAAGCUGUUGCACUCACAUCUUAUCUAAACAGGCAAAUUUUGCUAUGAGCGCUAUGUAUCUACGAGCAGUAACUACUCGUAUUUUCACAUCAAUGUGUUCCAAUGGAUAAGAUAAUAAGAUAUCAACUGCCCAAGUUGCCUAAAUCGCCGAAGGGCGAAUCGUAAUCGUGAAUUUCUAUGUGUAUACGGUUGUGCUGCAAUGCAAUAAAUGUUGCUAAAAACUUUGUGAAA